AUGACCUCGGCAGAGCAUUACACUAUUGGUGUCCAAGCACAAGUGCAGGUCUCUACCGCAUCACUAUAUGAAGUUGGUCUACUGCAAGAAGAAGGCCAGCGAGGAACAGUGCUCGGCAGCGAAGCAGAUGGCACAACGUUCCUCAUCUCUGGGACAUUUGUUGCGUUAAACGCUGGCUACACUAUGACCGUGGUCCAAGAUGCAGUACACAUAUCCAAAGGCGCCGACUUCGUCGCCUCGGGCCAGACAAUUACGUACGAUGUUGAAUGUGGAUUGGAUACAGGCAAUGCUAUCUGCACAGAACAGAUGAACAACGCGAUACUCACAUUUACAGAUGACCUGCAAGUCACCACAAUCCUUGUUGGUCCCGUUACUGGAGGAGGCUCAGUCUCUCCUACAAGCAGUGUUGCAUCCGCAUCAGGUGCUUUACCACGUACCACUUCCACGUUUGACAUAAACACCCUUUCGUCCGAUGUAUUGCACCCGCAUGGACCGGACGCAACCACUUCAACUAUCCCUGGUUCCAUCCCGGGCAUUCCAGGCUCUGGAGAAGCAACUGCAAGUCUCAGGAUCCCUGGAAUGAUAACUGCUUUGGGCAUUUCUAUUCUUUUCACUUUACUGAGUAUUCUCUGA